UGUCAUAUCCCAACAGAAUUUAAAAAUUACUGGUUAACAGUAUACCGAUACUAUAAUAAUGGAUCACGUUUAAACAAAUUCAUUAAUUAAAACAAAUCAUUCUACAUGAUGUCGGAUCAUACAAACCCAUUUUCAGAAGAGUUUAUUGAGGAUGACUCACAUGUUGAACAGGAGGAUAGCAAUCUCGAAGAAUCGAGUAAUCACAAUGAGUCUCCUGAGAGAUCCUCAAAAGUCAAUGUGGACUCUAUUGCUGAAUAUUUGCUUCGAAAGCAAUAUGUACUUACGGCUUUGGAGCUUCACAUGGAACUAAUGGAGUCUGGAAAAGAACUUUCAAGGCUGAGAAACUAUUUCUCAAAUCCGGGAAAUUUCGAACAGCACGUAAACAAUAGUCGAGACUAUUCAAGUAAUUCUCUUUAUCGAACUGGAAGUAUAAGCACUUUUGAUUCUCUUGAUUUAACUCAUUAUUCUGAUGAUGGGGCUCAACAAGAUGAUCGUGUAGCUGUACUUGAAUUUGAGUUGCGGAAAGCCAAAGAAACCAUCAACAGUUUGAGAAUGAGUCUUACUGGGGCCUUGGAUGAAGAGUCUUUUUUGAAUUCAGAUGGGAAGCAUCAAAAUGGUAUUGAUUCAGAUUCAAAGCAUCCCGAUUGUAAGCAAGAAGAUGAAUCUGUCGACUGUAACCCUCUUUUUAAACGUGCUCUUAACUAUUUAGUGAAUGAAUAUCUUUUACAGAAUGAAUAUAAAUUGACGUCAAUAACACUUGCAGAUGAAAAUGAAGAUCAGGAUUUUGAAGAUUGGGAUGAUGUUGGUUUAAACAUGGCAAAACCACCAAACUUAUCAAAAUUAUUUCAAGAAUAUUCGUCACAUCGUAUGCCACGGAACAAUCAUAGAGAUAUGGCUGUUGGAACUGAGGGUGAUAUUUUUAGUAAUGAAAAUUGUUUGAAGUCUUUGCAAUCUAAAUGUGAACAAUUAGAAAAAGAAAAUUUUGAAUUAACUUCUAUUAUAACACAACUGAGAAAGGAUGCGUCUGUUUAUCAAGACAGUGUCGAUAGUUCGACACCGAAAAAAGUCAGUGAUGUGUCAGGCUAUGUUGAAGAAAACAUGGAAGCUUCAAGUCCACCGUUAAGUAGAAAGCCGUCGAAGGAUACAUCCCUCAGUAUUAUAUCAAAAACCGAAUCUACGAAUACUUUGAAUAUGCAACUAAAUGAAGAAUUUGACAAUGAACAGAUUGGUGUUUUUAAAAAUCAAAAUUCAGAAAAUAGGAUUGACCACAUACCUCCGCCCGAACGAAUGCCAGUGCAGCUUUGGGAAAAACUUUUUUGUUUCUGGAAAGAUGACAUCGCCAAUGAUUAUUGGCUUUUUAAUGAGGUGUCACAGAUUGCUGCCAGCACAGAUGAAUUAGUGUCCACAUUAUCAAGUUGUUUGCCAAAAAUUGUUCCAACUGUACUUUUACAAAAACGAGACCAACUUAUCCCUCUUUUAUUAUCAACAGCAUCUAUGCACCCAAAUGCAAAUGAAAGAAAUUCACUGUUGCAUCAUCUUUUUAAUUUAAUUAAAAAACCAGAAAAGUCUCAAAGGCAGAUGAUCUUGUGUGGAUGUGUCGCAUAUGCAGAACUUGUUGGUCCGAUGAGGACAGAAGAAGAUCUGUUACCUCAAUUUUGGGAGCAGAUUGGGCACAAGUAUACAGAACGUAGGCAUUUAGUCGCAGAGGCUUGUGGGACAAUUUCUCCUUAUUUAACAAAGGAAAUGCGAAGUUCACUCCUCUUGUCUAUUUUGCUACAAAUGGAACAAGAAGAAAGCGAAGUAGAAGUACGACAAGCAAUUGUUCAUUCUCUGUCGGUUCUCACUGCUCUUCUCAAUGAUGAAGAUAAAUAUAAUCAAGUUUUCAAGUUACUCUGCUCUUUAUUGAAAGAUUCCAAUACAUCUGUGCAAUUGACAACAAGAACAUAUUUUCUACCUUCAUUUGCAUGCUGGGCAAGACAAAACAGGAAAUUGUGCACUCAUUUGAUUGAUCAUAUGUUGUCUAAUGUUGAGUUAACCGUGAGUGGUCACCAAGAUGAUAAGAGAGUAGAUUUUGACUCAUCUGCUUUUACUUUUCAUAUGGAGAAUUUGUACACACUUUUACCACAUUUAUUUGCGGAUAUUUUACUUUCAAUGCCUGAGCAAUAUCGGAAUCAAACGAAAACAACGAUUGAAAAUGGUUUUGCGGAGAAUGGUGAAAAAGAACUGAAAGUAUUGCUUAGUCAUUCUGAUGAAAAUCAAUCGCUGGUAAACGAUUUUAGUACGUGUGUAUCCAGUGCCGACUUAAAUAAUUGGGAUUCUCUAUCUUGGUGUCUGUACCAGUUUUUACCACGUUUAGUUGAGAUAGUCCGGCGUGUUGGUCCAGAAAGCCAGGACUCUGUUUCUACAUUGUCAACCUUCGUAUUAAGUAUUGUUAACUUGUUUGGAACUGAAUUCACGAACUCAAAAGUGAAAGAUAAAUUUUCAGAUUUAUUUAUUGUUAAAGCAGACGAUAUAGGUCGGGAAAUUUUAUCUGGAAACACAGCACUCACAUCAGCUGCAGUUCCCGUUUAUGCAAGUAGUAUUUUAUUACCAUGUGACGAAUCAUCAAAGUUUGAGAAGCUAUCUACCUUUCUUAAUGAUACUUUAACUACCUUGGCAACCUGUCAUGCACCUUUAACAAGUAUUGAGAUUGCUUUUGUUGAGAUUAGAAAGAAAGAUACAAAAUUCCAUGACAUUUUAUUGGAUGUUCUAUGGAAAGGUAUCACUCACCCUUCAAAUUAUAUCAGAGCAGCUUCUGGCGGUCUUCUUGCAACAAUGGCUACAGAAAAUGUCAGCACGAAACUUCUUAUGACAAGGGUUCUACCCGCUUUAUUGACACUUUCAAAAGACAAUAGUGAAAAUGUGAGAAUUGCAACUGUUCCUGCUUUUGGAGCACUUCUCGAAUGUUCUCACAUUGAAAAUGAGAUUAUUGAUAGAGUUAUAUCACAAUUUACAUUAUUUAUUGCACCUUCUCAUCAAGAGGGGAGUGAAUCUCCAACAUCGAAUCAUGCAAUGAAUGUACAAAUGGUAAAAACAAUGGCUGCAGUAACUCCGAAAGCUGAUCUCAGAUUUCGAGAUGAAUUUGUACUUCCACACUUAGCUGCUAUGGCGGCUAAAAACAAUCAAGAAUCAAAUGCGACUAAACGUUCCGAUAUUUCUUUAGCAUUAAUGGAGGCUUUUACCAAUAUUUCAUGCUGCUUCAUAUCAGAUGGUUUACUACAAAGCGCGUUUCUUCCUGGCCUUCGUUGUUUAUCUCACGAUAUAGAUAAACUUCAUCCAGAACAUUCAUCCCAUGUUAAUAAACUUAUUAUCAACAUGGAGGUAAAAUUAGAACAUCGAACCCCAAUCACCCCCUCUCCAUCCUCAGAUAGCCUCACAUCACACACAUCUGUAACUUCAAAUUCCGAUACCAAUAAUAAAUCAAAGUUCAAAUUGUUUUAUUCUUUAUCUUCUAAUAAAUAAAAUAGUGAAUUUUGUACCAAAGAAAAAAAAACAAUAGAUAUGGCAUUGUAAUGCACUUCAACACUGCAAUUGAUCAUCGACUAGUUGAGAUAGAAAAUACAACUCAGACCCGAGCUCCGAAUUCUUGAGGAAAUGAAAUUUUGGUGAUAAAAACUUUAGCAUAUGUAAGCCUUCUUCAAUAGACUGUCAAGAAAGCUUAUUUUUUUGAAUUCUUUUAGAAAAUUUCACUACGAAACAUCUGAAAUUUUGGCUCGGGAGAAUUGAAAAUUUUGUCAUAUACUCCCAAUACCGGAGAAUUUAAAAAUAUGGCUCCGACUCCCAAUGACAACAUUCCAAAUUCUGGACUCAACAGCUCUGCUAAUAUGAUAUCAACAAAUUUUAGUCUACAUGUUUUAGUAUAGAAUUCUAUUCUUAUUUUCUUUCGUCAACAUAUAACCAAGAUUAGGAAAAGGAUUUUGUUUAUUUUCAUCUCUUCAAAUUCACAAUUCUAAUGUACUAUGUUUUGCUUAUUUGUUUAAUUGAUUUUCACUCCUGCUGUCAGGACUCAGGAACACACUAUUUUGUUUUAUUAUGAAUUAAAAUAUGUUCUUGAUUCUCUGUUGACUUGACUUUUCCAUAAUCAGAAACAAUUUGAUUUGACUAAUAUACAGUUGCACUUUUUUAUUUAAAUGUUAACGAUAAUAAAUAACACUUCUAAGUUCUAACCCCCAAUAGAGUUCAUUUCAGCAUAGUCUAUUUACUGUUAAACUAAUUUUUUUAUCAACUAUACAAAUUGAUAACCGAAAUGCUUAGUUCGAGCCUAUUAUGUAGAUUAAUCGUGAUUUGCCUUCUUACUAUAUUUUAUUUUCUACUUCAAAUUUACCACUUCAUUCAUUUCUAAUGUUACUCUUACAGUUUUAUUAAUUAAUCGUACUUGUCAUUGUAGCAAAUUUAUAUUUUUUUAUCUUGUACUAUGUCACAGAUGCAGUUUUUGAAUUUCAUAUUUUAUUAGUUUAUCAAGCAAUGGAUAAAUCAUAAGCAGUGUUCACAGUAAAGAAAAACACAAUGAAUAAGAUACAAAUUACUUAUUAUACAGAAAAUCAAUGCUUUUUAUUAUAAGUAAUAACUAUGCUUUGUUGCAACCAUUUGUUAUAUUUUGGAAUCUGAAACUUGUCUAUAAGUUUGAAAAUUUCCAAUCAACUUUAUCAGUUCUUAGGUAAAGGUAGUUCAAGCUGAGUCCUUCAUACCUGUAAGUUUGUGGUGUCUACUAAUGCGGAUUAAUAUUUUACCAUCUCACUCAAAAACACUCUUAGUGCUUGUUUGCUGAACUUUUAGGACACAUUUGUAACUAGGUAUUAAAUAAGUAUGGGAGUAUCCAUGGGAAUAAAAUGUUAAUAUUUAACAAUAUAACUGUUACUGGCUUUACUAAUAGAGAUGAUAGGCUUUUGUUUCUCCGACGAUUUUGUCGAGCGUAUUCGAGCUAUCAUGAUAAUAUUUGGGAAUUAAGUCUACCGUAUAUAUCACCUUUAUGUAUUAAAUGCUAUAAUUAGGCAACAUUGAUAAACAAAACCUAGCUCCAGUAAUUUUAGUCAAUGCAUUGUGGUCAUUGUACUGUAUUUUAAACCAUUUUUGGCAGUUUGUUUAUUAUUACGCAUUAUACUAAAUGAACUAGUUAAUUAAUGUUUUCUAAAAAUUGGUUGGCUAUAUAGUUUAAUAAAUUGAGAAAAAAAUUGAAUUAAAUUCAGGCAUUGGAUAUAUGCUUUUGAAAGUUGUCGCUAAUGCAUUUUUUCUGUAUUUGCCCUUUGAAGUGCAACUGUAUUUUGCUUUAGAUGCUGAGGGCUCUUUGUCCUUAUUGCUUUACAAGCAGUAGGUUGAACAAUGGUCUUUAUCUACUUAAAAUUCUUAUGAACUUUGAUACUUCCUGUAUGAGUCAGAUCCUCCAGUUGACGCCCAAUUCAAAAACAUGUUUCAUUGUACCAUUCAAUUAUGCCCCGUUAAUGUAUUGCAACAUUGAGGCUCACUCUUUCUAAAGGAUGGUUUAUAAAGGAGUGGCGUUGAAUAGUAAUUGUCAAUCGAUGCCUUAUUGCUAUGCUUUUAAAUUGGAACCUCGCCCUAUCUAUUAUUCGUUUCAUUUCAUCCAUGACAUACUUUUGUUUGUAUUACUGUCCCAGUCAAUUUGUAUCAACACUCGUCAAUAAUCUUGACGAUUGAUGUCCUAUGCGGUAUUCAUGUCUUUUAAUUUGUUGAAAUUUUUUUUAAAUUGUUCAAUUGAAUUAAAUUAGACUUAGAAGUAAUUUGUCAUUUUGGGCAUGUGAUAACCAUAGUUGAUAUUGAAUAAGAUUCGGGCAAAUUUUUGUUCUAAACAUGGCCUCGAUUACAUUUUAAAUGAACCAUUAAAGAAUUUCAUUCUGAAUAUAUUAGGUGUAAAGAAUUGUUCGGUUCUGGACAUCCCUCCUUCCUGUCUUUCAUGUAUUGUUGCUGCAAUUGUCCCACAUGAUUCUGCAGCAGUAAGACUGGAGAAUAAGAGAUCAAUUUAUAUCCAGGAUUUGCACAAUUAUAGUGCUAUGAAAUCCAGAUUAUGUGACUUUAAUGACAAAGACUAGCAACUUUAUAUCAUCAAGAGAUGACUUAUGUGUGGUCUAAUUUGAUAAAACCGCACUGGUAUUUUUGCUUAUUUAUUUAAAAUAUUUGCACUGAAAGAUAUUAUGUUAUUAUUUCAUAAAUUAUGCAUCAAGUAUAAAUUAUAUAUAUUCAGGGCAGGAGCAGUUAAUUAUAUUUUAAUAAUUUAGAUGUUUAUACACAAAGCAAAAAUGUAUUUUUCACAAUUGUGAGCAAACUAUACAGUAAAAACAUUCAACUAUC